CUUGUCACCGGCAGCCCCGCCCGCAGUUCGUGCUGUAGUCGCGCGGGGCUGCGUGGCAAAGCGGAGUGCGAGCGGGGCUUCGGACCGCGCCUGGCUUCUUCCCCUCUGCAUGGGCCGCGUGCUGGCCCUAAGCGUUCGCACUGUGAUGGAUGGGCCCGGGCUGAGGAGCGCGGCCCUGCUGUGGCGUUAAAGCCUGUUCGGUUCAUGGGGGGAUUUGAGGCAAAAAGCCCAGAAUCAGCAUUUACAGCGGGACUGGAGGAUCCCGGGGGUGUCCUGUGCAAAAAGGCACGGGCGACAUUACAGCCUUCGGCACGCGUUCCGUCAGAGUGUUCGUGCUGCCAGGAGACUUGGUCACAAAUGUCAAAAAAGAAAGAAAGGGAAAAAAAAAAGGGUGAUUUUGCGUAUUUAACUCAUGCAGAAUGGUGGCUGUAGUUCUGAAUCCUCAGUGUGGUUCCCAGGUGGUUGUACUGCAGAUGGGAGAUGGAGCACAGGCAGUCACUGUGUCCUCCAGCUCUGUUUGCACCUUAUAGGUGUUCCAAAGCAGCUCAGCUGACGUUGAGCAACAUCUGAGUUUCCCAACACGGUCAUCAAAUCCCCCCAAAAAGGAGCUGGAAGCAGAUCUUCCACGGGACAUAACAGCUUCUGCCAUGUAGCCCUGCUUGUGUGCCCCAAAUGUUCGCUUUGGUGGCUGCUUUUUUGAAGAAAAAACAUGUGCCAACCCAAAGGCUGAGAACCCACAAGUUGGGUGCCUCAUAGCCACGGUGUGGCAACGGAAGGUGAUGCGUUUCUGAAUGCAGGUCAGGUCUGAAGCGAUCAGGUUGGUUCUCAGUUAAAAGGCUGCAGUGUGUCUGGGGUUACUCAGCGGGAUGCAGGUGUUGUGUUGGAGCCUAACGCAGCUGAAAACACAACAGGAAUCUCAGCUGGGCAUUUCCUGAGGUAGUGGUGCAGGGGCUCGGGUCUGGAUUACAGUCUGGAUUACAAGCAAUAUGAAGGAAUAAUGAUAUUGCGUGAGCUUCAGCAUCCUACUGCUGUGAGUCUGCAUGUCUGCAUGCUUUUCUUGCCGUUCAGCUGAUACGUGAGGAGCCAAGCAGCUGGAGCACUGUGGGGAUGGCAUCCUGCAGAAUUACAUCAAGUGUUUGAUUUGCAGGAUGUCAGCCACAUGCUCAUUUUUGGAUUUGGCUUUUUCCUGACGUUUUUGAAACGAUACGGGUUUAGCAGCGUGGGAUUCAACCUCCUGAUCAUCGUGCUUGGUGUCCAGUGCUCCAUUCUGAUGGAAAAUGUAUCAGUUUUCCCAACAGAAAGAACAGUGGAAGAUGUGUUCAGAAUAACGGGAGCUGCUAUGAGCGUGGUUGCUGUGGUCAUCUCCAUUGGAGCUGUUCUUGGGAAGAUCAAUCCCAUGCAAUCCAUCGUGAUGACAGUUGUGGAGAUAAUAGUUUUCCGUAUGAGCAGAUGGAUCAACAUGCACGUCCUGAAGGUUUCAUACCAUGUAUGCAUGAUGCACGUUCACCUGUUUGGGGCCUACUUUGGUCUGGCUGUCUCCUCACGUUUCCCUGAGCCAUCACCGAGGGCUGAGAAGAAUGCAAGUACUCCAAAAUCGGAUUUACUGUCAAUGUUGGGCACUCUCUUUCUGUGGGUGUUCUGGCCAAGCUUCAAUUCUGUACUGGCUUCAGAAAGGAAUAAAUUGAUCUUUAACACCUACUUAGCACUCGCAGUGAGUGCUGUAACUGCCUUUGCGUUGUCUGGUCUGAUCACAAAGGAUGGAAAAUUCAGGAUGACUCACAUCCACAGUGCAGCACUGGCUGGUGGGGUUGCUAUUGGUUAUGCAGCAGACAUUAUCGAGUAUCCCUGGAUUGCAAUGAUUUUGGGUCUCCUUGCUGGUGUGAUAAGCAUGCUAGGAUCUUUCUGUUUACAGAGUUGCUUGAACCCUACUCUCAAGAUUCAUGAUGCAUCUGGGGUUCAUUUCACGUUUGGUUUGCCUGCUGUGUUUGGAGCCCUUGCCCGAGUUCUUUUCUGUGUGCUGGAAAUCCAGACUAAAUCACCAAGCAUUGGCCACGAGGUCGCAAUGAGCAUCGGUGCCUUCUGCUUCACCAUCAGUGCUGCCCUGAUAACGGGUCUGAUUACAGGUUUAAUCCUAAACCUCAAACUGCUGAAGCCCAUCCCUGUCUCCAAGUAUUUUGAAGACCAGAUGUACUGGGAGUUUCCUCAUCUGGCUGUUGGAUUUUGAAUGGAUGAACCUAAAUGGAAAACUUGACCAAGAUCUGUAUUUGUCAUUAGAGAAAAUGAGUAGCUACGAUGAAACAGCACUUCAUUAUUAGCACACUUACAAAAGCCUUCCCAAUGGACACGUGAAGAAUUUGCAACAAAACGUCCAUUAUUUCUGAACAAUCAGCACAUAUAUUCACAGAUGGAGAAUUACAACACGUUUUCUUUUCUGUUUUGAUCGUUUUACCUUAAAUAUUUUUGUAGGAUGUGUACAGAAAGCUGCUGUCGUGGCUUAUCCAUUAAAAUGCUUGAAGCUUUUAAAGCUGUAUUUAGUUCUGAAGUUUAAAAGUCCCAAUCUGUGCAGCACGCAUUUAUUCUAGUGAAGUGCUGAAGUUCUUGUUUGUAAGUUCAAUGAAGUUCUGCUGAAGGCUCUGUUUUGAUGGCUGAGUCAGAACUCCACACUGUGCCAGGCUGAAAUCGUGUCACCAGAUAAAUCUGCUUGUGGCUCAGCCAAGAUUUGGAAGAUCUGAUGGCAAGAAAUGAUGAGCAGAACUUGGGUUUGUGCUGGGGGGUGGCCAGCCUGGAAGAUCUGGAAACGAUUCCUUAAACACUGCCAGCUAAAGGCCUUACCUUGAUUUGAAUGAAUGGAAGCAGAUAUUGCUUGUAGAGUGCUCCUACCUGCAGGGCUCUGUGCACGAGGCACGGCCUGCUCAGUCAGGGGAUGCAGUGCAGACGUGUUGGUAAAUGCAUGGUGCUCCUGAGCUUUUUCUUCAUUUCAAAAUAGUUGAUGUUUUUUUCUUUAACUGCUUACAUAAUUAAAGAAGUGGAACCUUG